AUGCCGUCUUUACUUCCCCUCCUCAUCACCCCAGUCACGCAAAAGGUCGCACCGAUUGAGAGUCUUUUGACAAGUCUUUUGCCGAAAGUGGCCAGUGGCCCACCACCACUGUUCGAGCCGACCACCCCGGCAAAAGACGGGCCGGAGUGCAUUCAGGACUGUUCAUCAUGUGACAUCACAUACCCGGAGAAGUUCAAGAUCAAUGAGACCGAGAAUUUGUACGGUACUGUCAUGCCUUGGGAGAGACAUCUCCUCGUUGCGACUGGCAAAGCCAAUUGGAUCAGCAAUUUCAUGAGUGAGGAAGGCAGCAUCGGAGAAGCCAUAGCCAAGACACAUGGACAUAUGGUCGAGAAGAAGUUCAUGCUUUCCGCAUCCAACAUCCCCGUACCGGACUACAGCGUCAACAAGAAUCCCGACGACGAACCAAUCUCUUCUGUCCUCCUUCUCCCAGCUUUCGUCAUCGUUGAUUGCGUCACACCAUCCCGGACACCAGAUCUCAUAUCACACCUCGUCAACCGCAGCCCAUGCAAUACCUCGUCAUUGCUUCCGCUCAACUCGCUUAGCGUGCCGCCAGAAUCCGGACUGAAGAUACGCUCAUGCCCACACGACUACCUCAUCUUACUGUGCAGUCACCGGACCCGCGAUGCCCGGUGCGGUCAAUCUGCACCACUCCUGAAGAAAGAAUUCGAACGCCAUCUCCGGCAACGAGAUUUGUAUCGCGACUCGCUUGACGAGAGACCCGGGGGUGUGGGUGUUCACUUCGUCAGUCAUUUUGGUGGGCACAAGUUUGCCGCAAAUGUCAUUGUGUAUCGUCGGACACCGUUGCCAUUUCAUGGAGCAAAGGAGAGUACGGAUGGCGCUGCAUCACUUCCACUGAGAGAAGCAAAGCAGUGUAUAUGGUUGGCGAGAGUUCGGCCUGAAGAUUGCGAGAACAUCGUUCGGUACACCAUUCUGCAAGGAAAAGUUGUCAAGCCUGAUCGGCAGUUGCGUGGUGGGUUCGACAGGGAGCGUUGCGUUACGAGCUGGUGA